AUGGCACUUUUCAACAUGGCGGAUCAGUACAGUACAGGCGAUAGCGGAGUAGAUUUGAGCACAAGCGACUCGAAAAAAAGGCCUCUGGAUGGCGCUGGAGAGGGUAGACCGUCUUUUAAAAGGUCAAACCUUGGAGGUACGUGUCAGUGUAUCUUUGCUCGGCAGUGUGUGGAGAUUCGUACUUUUUUUGACGGCUUUGUUGUGAUGCUUUUGUGCGUGGUAACGCUCAUAUGUUUGCGCCGUAGCAUCUGUCAUUUAUCAGGCGGGCUUUGCGAACCAGGGAAAUAAAAGCGAAUGGCCAUGUGAAUAGUCGCGACUUUGUAAAAUGCAAUGAGCGCUAGGAAUGUUAAAAAAUGGGGAAAAAAUUGAGAAUUUAUACUCGUAAAAUUGGUCUGUUUUUCUCGCGGCUACGGGUGGGGAGAUAUAAACAAUCCUUCAGAGCGGAGUUUACAUCGUUCAAACUGGGUGCAUUUUAUUUCGAAGGUGCAAUCAGCUAUGUUUGUUUCGGAUAUAUUAAGCUGAACGGCUACGGAAUUGGAAAUUCAAGUCAGCUUCGCUUUUGUCGUCAGAUGUUCGCAGAAAUUCAACUUUGUAAUUAUGCGAUUUGACCGCAGUUGUAAGCAACUGACUCUUUCAUAUAUAACUUUAUAAUAACACCGGCCGAUCAAUAAUUGAUUUACCAAGGCGGUCGGCGAAAUAUAAAGCUAUGUCUCUUUUUUAUGCCUGGUUGUAUAAUAGAAUAUCUAAGUGGACAUUUAUAUGUUGAUAUUUUAAAGAAGGAAGUAGUUCCAUGUCGCCACGCGUAUUCGAGUUUUUUUUUUUUGAGAAAAUGUCACAUUUGUAUUCAUGGUUUUGCAUUUUUGAAAACCGCAACACAUUUUCCAUGGUACCUUCAAAAUUAUGCCAGGAGAUGACAUUUUUCAGCGGUUAAUAUGAUUAAAGCGAAACAACAGAAGAAUAUACGAGCAUGCAUGUACAUGUUUCAUGCUUUGGAGACUAGAUUACGGCGUUGUCCAACCUCAUCUGGUUAUGAUCGCAAUCUUUUUUGCCCUAAUCUUCUUGAUUUUUGAUUUCUAAUCGAGUUCAUUUCAGACCCUGAAAGCAAAAUCUUUUGUUCAUUCGAAUAUUAAAUUAAGGACCAAAUAUAACCGGUGUUUUUGUCAAGAAUAUAAAUAAUAAGAUUGUUUUGUUGUUGAGAUAGGAAACGGGUCGAUCUAGUAACUUUCGUUCGUUCGAAACUCGCUGUCUAGUGUAAUUGUAAAUGUUCAUGGUGAUGAAAUAACGUUUCUUUUGUAAUUUGAUCCCUGUGAAAUGGAAUGAACAAUGUUUUAUCAAACAAAAAAAGCGAAACAAUUCAAUGCAUGCAGUGAAUUACUUGACACUUGCUAAGAAUUUUAAUGCGGAGUCGAUCAUGCAAAAAGUUUGAAAGUCUGGAGGUAAUUUCCUUCGAAAAACCGCGAUUUUUCUGCCAGAAAGCUAGUUUGCAACCAUUCAUAAGGGAACAGUAAUUCGGGCAUUGUUGUAAAAUAGACGAAUAUUUUCUUCUUCUGUUAAUCAUGAAACACAGGUGGUCAUUAUGAAAAGCUCUUUUUGUCUGCGGCUGUCAUUUGCUUGUGUUUAGUCGUGUGGUACUCAACCAGAGGUCAAGCAUUUCAUUUGGCCAUCACCCGGUGCUCAUCGUGCAACUGACCGUCGUGUGUGUUGACAUUUUUUACAUGAAUUUCCCUUCUCCUUAACUGCAACGAUGUAUCACAUGGGCUGGAGUUUGAAAGGUGAAUAUUGCAUUCGGAUUUUUAUAUUCUUUUGAUUGAGAUCAUUGUUAAUUAUCUAUUGAAGACAGAAAAAAAUGCUGUGGCAUUCACCCACUGUUUUGCCGUUCUGCUGACUGAGUGGAAUGAACAAGAUUUUGUGAUCAAUAGAUCUGAGUUGAUCCCCUGUUCUUUAAAUCAAGAGGGUUUAAUUUCCAAUAGGCUUGCUUUUCGUCAUAAUCAUGUUCAGAUCUUUUGGUGAGCACUCACAAAAUGCCUUGACUUACAAUAAGUGCCACAUAAGUGCCUUUUCAGACAGUUAACUUUCUACGUUCCUUCAUCUUUAAAAAUCAGUAAUCAAUAAUUCCAACACUUACAACUAUUAAUUUUAUUUAGUUUUUGCUUUCCUCUUAAGUUUGGUGGUUUCUUGAGAAAUCCUUAUUUCAUUUUAGCAUCAGUCUAGCACUGAAUCAUCAUGGUAAUGACAAUUUUGUUGAGGCAAAUUCCAUUGCAGUUUCGAAUUUAUUUACUAGUGAAGACAGAUUCACUAAUGUGUCUCUCUAUUCAACCCUGUUGAUUCACAAUAUUUCAGACAAUGACAAUUGUUCCACUCCUGACUCUAUGGCCAUGUGAUAUUAAUUUUGUUUUCAUUUUGACCCUUCGAAGCAUUGCGGCACCAGAAAACACCUUGAUUAAAUAAUGUGCAAGUUUCAAAGAGGUGCCAGUGAUAACAUUUUACCUGUGACUUCAAACUUCCCCCUUUGCCCAUUUAAUUCUUUUGUUUGGUAACUUAAUUACAAACUGCAUUAAAACUGUUUGUGGCUUUUGAUACAGCUAUAUAUUUUCUAUUCUGGCUGAAAUUCCCAGUAUUUUUUUUUCUCUAUUAGUGUGACCUGCCAGCUUGCAUAAUGACAACAUGCUGGGAGCAUUUCGUGCAUUUUUUUUGCAUGUAAGACAGAAGAAAGUAGAUCAGUUUCAUCAUCAUAAUAUUUGUUCUCCUUGAUACAUUCCAACUUGAUUUGAGUAAUUAUUGCCAUUUUAAUGUUUGUGCAAAUUUUUUGUGCUUCAAGAAACAAUGAGCUCAAAUAUUUGUUGAGUGACCUUUGAUUCUUGAAAUAUAUUUAGCUUAACACGGUGUAUUGUUGUUGUAGGUAAUAUUUGUAUUCCAGUGCCUAUAAGCAAACAUUUAACUUAAAUUUGGUGUUUGCAUUGUUUUUUUUUUAUCUUGGUUUGUGUGUGAUGUUUUGCAACAAAUGUUUCCACCUUGAAUAGUGCUGUGUAUUCCCAAGCUGCAAGCCGGUGCACAUUCUGGAAACUUCUUGGGGUCUUAUCUGACAUCAUUGCCCUUUGUAGCGGAAAUUGAGAACAUUGUUGCAUUAAAUUUUGGUUGAAUUUAAUCUGCUUUGUGGGCACAUAUGUCAAGUUAUUCAGUUUCUCUAACUACAAGCUUCAAAGAAAAUUUUUGGUGUCAUCUCUGGAAAUUUGACUUUAUUGUUUCUGAUGGAAUGGUUGUUUUGUCAUCAGCAUUUCUAUACUUUGACAUGGAGGUUUGAUAGUAGAAUUUAAUUAUGCUGUGGAUCCAUUUUAACAGGGAUAGGUUUCCUUUGACAUCAAUUGAAUUUAUACUGUACAUCUAGGAAUGACUUCCUCGAUAGAGAUUGAUAGCUGUGUUAAUUUUGUAAUCAAGUAAAAUUUGAAGGAAGAUAAAAAUUAACUGAUAGAUGGAAGGUUGUGUUCUUGACUCAAUUGAAUUGCUCUCAGCUAUUUACUUCCUGUCUAAAACGUGAUAAUAGUUGUAUUUUGUCUACUUACUGCUAGGAAUAGAAUUAUCCUAAUGCACAGUGAUAUUUGUUCUCUUUAAUGGAAAUAUAUGUCCUUGUACAUAAUUUCUUUGUCUUAUUGUACAAAUGGUUAAAAAUUUUUUUUAAAAGAAUGUGUUUUAACUUUAAUCUUGCAAAUUCUAAUGACAAAUUUUCUUUUUUAUUGAAUUAAAUUUCCUUAAAAAUGAGUUUUUAAGACUUAGCAUCUGACAAGAUUGUAGCCCUCUGUUAUGAGUUUCUUUCAUAUUCUUAUCAUAUGCUUGCUUGAUACUGCGUAUGUGUGUGUGGAGAAGUGACAUGGUGAAUCGCCUGUGACUGCUGCUUGAAGUGUUUUUUGUUAUAUAUUACACUGUUAUCUUUGUCGGUGUCAUCAAUCCUAUCAUUAAUACCCUUAGGUUUUGGUUUGUGUUUUUUUUUUUCUUCUUGGGCUAGAAUUACAUUUAGCAACUGGAAUGGAAAUUUAAUUUAAUUUUUUUUUUUUUCACAGCUGCCAAAACACCUAUCAUAAAAAUUCUCAUUCCAAACUAUGCAGCUGGUUCAAUUAUUGGUAAAGGAGGGGCCAACAUUGCUGAAGUUCAACAGCAAACAGGAGCUAGAAUCAAACUGUCACCCAACAAUGAUUACUAUCCUGGAACACAGGAGAGAGUUGGUCUCAUAAUGGGGGAAGUGGAAACAAUUAACAAAAUGUUAAAUUUUGUUAUUGAAAAGAUCAGGCAAGAGCCGCCAGCAAUGAAACUAAAUCCAGCCAUGACAUACGACAAGGAGCGUGCCAAGCAGAUGAAAAUUGUGAUACCCAACUCUACGGCAGGACUUAUUAUUGGUAAGAGUGGUGCAACUAUCAAAUACAUAAGUGAUCAAACUGGUGCUAGGAUACAAGUAAGUCAGAAAAAUGCCGACUCGGUGCCUGGCGAGAGAGUUAUCGGUGUCUCUGGAACUCUAGAGCAAGUGCAGGCGGCUUGCACAGUUAUAGCAGCAAAAGUACAAGAGGACCCUGAACAUGCAUUGAACAACAACAUUUUCUACUCUAGUCUUUCAUCCAACAAUGCUCACAAACUCUCAAAUGGAAAUGCUGCUGGUUUUAAUGCCUUUGGUGGUGGGGGCCUUUCAGGUUCUGGGUUGGGUGGACUGGGGUUUGCCAACUCAGGGGGUACAGGUAAUAGUGCUGCAGCUAAUAGCAUAUUAGCCCAUGCAGCUUUACUAAGUGGGGGUGGGCUGGGAGCAAAUAACCCUCUCCUCAACGCGAUGGGAAAUCUGGGACCUCUGGGACUAUCAACAUCUGGUUCACAGAUACAAUCAACCGCAACCUUGGAGCUGACUGUGCCAGAUGAGCUGAUCGGUGCAGUCCUCGGUAAACAGGGCAAAACUAUCAAUGAAAUCAUGCAAUAUAGUGGAGCCAAGAUACAGGUAUCACAAAAAGGAGAAUUCAUUCCUGGCACUAACAAUAGGAAAGUUGUUAUUACUGGUGAUUUCAAUUGCGCACAGACUGCUCAUUUUUUGAUCACGCAACGACUCCAACAAGUAGAAGCAGAGAGGCUUUUAGGACAGCAUUCAUAACCGCCAUGCAGUCACAGAAUUUAUCCUGCCCUCUGCAUCUCUAGCCCUACACACACACAUACACACACACACUGACUGGUUUUAAUUAAUAGUUUCGAAAUGUGGGCUCUUAUUGUGACAUGGUGUUUGUGCUGGUGAC